AUGCCCAGUGAAAUUGCAAUGUACUUCAAGACCGAACCUAUUACGGGCUCUUUAAUUACGGAUAAAGCGAAUGUUGCCAUCGCUUAUCGUCGUUCGAUGACCCGGCGCGUCAUUCUCACUCUGUUGGCGCUUCCGGUCGAAAUUCUAGCAAUAAUACUGGACGAAUAUCAUCUUAUGGAUCUCCCUUUGACGCUACUCAUGACCGUAUGCCGCACCAUGAACGAGGUUAUCAAAACGACGCCCCGACUUUGGCGCCGUAUCUUGAUUUCCUUGGAUUCGAUGCCUCCGAGUCUCAAAGCGGGUAGUACCAUGGCCUGUGCGACAGAAAAGUUCCUGCAGACGUGCAUCCAGCGCGCUCGCAAUUCGCCGCUCGAAGCCACCUUUGUCGUGGGGCGCAUUGACGAGUCUUCCCCAACGCCCGAGUUUAGGAGGGAGAGAUUCCGCAUGCUCAUGUCACGCUCGAGCCAGAUCUCGUUCCUUUGCCUCAUCAUAAACCCUGACACUCCCCUCCAGGUCAUUAAAGAAUCAUUCCACGGCCUUUUCGAUGAUCCCACGGCGUUCCCAGCUUUGGAGUCUUUGAUGAUUGCCUCUGCUUUUCCCGUUCCUGGCCUCCUCGAAGUCUUCCAUCCUCUCCUCGACCAGCUCGAGCGGACUACGGUCAAGCUCCGAUCCGUCUACUUCGAGAAUGUGACCCGCGAAUUCAUCCUAGCUGCCAGAGAGUACAGGUUUUGGCGCAAAUUGCGCAGAGUUACGAUCAAGGGCGAGUAUUCGCCUAUUCAUAUUACGACAUUCGAGGGAUGCGACGAUCUGGAGUUCUUAUCUAUAUCAAGCGAGCUUCUUGUGCACCCCUCGUGUGCCUUGAACCCGCCUCUUCGUGGGGGGCCACUGGGGAUCUCCGACUCCAAUGAAAUGGAAGUUGAGGCGGCAUCGGGAUGCGAAAGUCAAUACCUGCCUGUACAUCCUGAGCGCAAGGUUCCCUUGACAAAGGUCCAGUGGCUUCGCGUUGGGGCUAUCGCAAUGUCUGGCCUCCAGGAACUACAAAUUCCCAACGUCAAGUUCCUCGUGAUUCAGUCGGCACUUCCGGACAGCGCACGUCAGACACCGGUUCCAGCACAUUCCAUUCGCCUCCCAAACCUCCAGGUAUUCCACGUCGCAGCCUCUCAUUCCGAGAUCAUCGCCAUUUCCGCACCCGAACUCCAUACGCUAUGUCUCCAGGUCUCUGUGCUCAAGCGUGCUGACGCCGACCGGGUUGUGUCGAGCAUCUUCCACGGCGACGAGGGAAUGUGGACACCCAAGACUCUCAGCAUCAACGCACCUAUUCACGACAAGCAUUACGAGACGCUUUAUCGGCGCCUUCCCGAUCUAGAGACCUUGACGGUUACACUCGGCGAUAAACCAAGCGAGACGUUUUACAAGACACUCAAGAAGCGCGGUAUACUGCCUCAUCUCCUUCGCUUGACGCUCGAUUUCUACGCUCUUCCGACACCGACGCCAGCAAACGGAGCGUCGACCUCGACUCCUCAGAUGCGUACCGUGAGGUAUGGUCCCCUUACUGAAGGCGAGCUCGCGUUAUCUGGAUCAUACAAAUUUUGGCGAGGCGGGGGAGGUACGGUGUCAACCUUGUUGGGUAGCAAGCCGACUCCGCCUCUUUUGUCUGAACAAGUUCGUCCGGCGAUGCGCGACGUCGCUCGCGUGAGAGCGAAUCAACAUCUCGAAUUCGCGCUCCUUGCCUGCAAGUAUGGCGCUGAACAGUUGGAGGAGAUCUACGCCGAGAAUAAUAUCUGCAAUGCAUGUCGUAAAAGCGCAUACUUGAACGGCAGAGUCGAGCCCGCGGGCACGCAUUUGAACGAAGCCCAUCCGAGCGUCAAGACGAACGUUGGAGAAGAACCGCAAUCUGUUGAAAGCAACCAUCUGAAAGCGGCGGAAUAA